AUGUCAACAACGGAUUCCACCUCUCCACCACCUUGCUUCACUCAUCACGAUCGGCUGACUCUCACCAUUGAGAGUGCCUCUAACUUGGUCGCUGCUGAUUUGAAUGGUUAUUCAGAUCCUUUCGUAGAUGUUUCAAUUAAUGGCGCUUACGAGAAGAGAACUUCGAUCAAAAAGAAAACUUUAAAUCCCGUUUGGAAUGAAACCUUUGAAUACCGUUACUUGUUGUACAUGAUGAAUUCUCCCUAUCAAUCCUUUUCUGUAGAUUUUGAAGUUUAUGAUUGGGAUCGAUUCACAAGCAAUGACUUUCUUGGUCGUACCUCUCUUGAAAUUAAUGCAGCCCACAUUGAAUUUGGAAAACUCUACACUGUUGAACUCCCACUCAAAGAUACCAAAUCAGGAAUUCUUAAAGUGAGCUACAAAGUGGAUCGAUUAGCUGAGAAAGUUGUGAAAAAGACUUCCAUUUCUUCUUCUGGUGGAACCUCUUCAAGUACUUCUUCAUUGAGAUUUAUUGAUGAAACCUUUCCAAGUGAAUUCCGUCCAGCUGCUCCAAAAGGUUUCAAACUCAUCACUUCUGAGUCCAACAAAUUAUUGGGAACUCAUGUGGCUGUGCUCAUGAACACCACAACAGGCGAGGUUUUGACCAUUACUUACAAUGACCUUAAAACUCUUCCAUUUGACGAUGGAGCCAAAGUUUUCCUGGAUGUUUAUUUGAAAAAUUUGAAAGAUCGUGCAGACAAGUCUCGUGGAACGUAUGAAUUAGAAAGUCGUGAAGUGGAUGUGACCUCUCGAGUGUCACAUCACAAAUUUACAAAGGUUUUGGAGAGUCGUUGUUUGACUACUGUUCAAGGUAAAAGAGUGUAUUGUGUUUCAUUGACAUGUGGCUAUUCGUGUGGUGUUUUGUGUAAUUUUGUUUGGAUGAAUGCACAAAGUACUUCCUUGCCAGCAUCCAAGUAUUCUCAAUUGUUGGAAAUUGCCAAAUGGACUGAAGUGAGUAAGCCAUAA